AUGCAUUUCCACAUACCCUAUCCGCCGGCAAAGGCGGGAUUCUGGUCGCCUGUCACUUCGACCCUCAAUUGGUGCGAAGAGGACUACUAUGCGACUCCAUAUGCCGCUGAAAUCGUCAAUGCUUUGACCAAUGUCCUCUUCUUGUAUCUGGGAAUAAAGGGCAUCCGGAGCUGCCGGAAGAAUGGCCAUGACCCUAUCUUUCAAAUCGCAUUUCUCGGAUAUCUCCUGGUGGGAUCGGGGAGCUUCCUAUUUCACUCUACGCUGAAAUAUCCUAUGCAGCUUGUUGACGAGCUAUCGAUGAUCUACACGACAUGUCUGAUGUGCUAUGCCACAUUUUCCUUCUCCAAAUCUCGGACUCAAUGCUUUAUUCUCGGGGCAGGUCUCCUAGGGCUGUCUAUAUUUAUUACUCUCUAUUACCAUUACAUCCAAGAUCCGGUGUUCCACCAAGUUGCGUAUGCAGUGCUGACUGCCAUCGUGGUAUUUCGGAGUAUGUGGGUAAUGGAAGUUACACUGCGGCCAUCCUUCCAGCGGUCCCGCAACCAAAACAAGCCACAUCCUUCUAUUCCGACGAUCACCGUCAAUGGAGAAACAUUGGAUGAGAGAGAUAUUAGGAUUUUAAAGAGCAUGUGGGCCAUGGUUGCCUACGGACUAUCGACUUUCCUUGGAGGUUUCGUUAUCUGGAACUUAGACAAUGAAUAUUGCUCGACGCUACGCGGUUGGCGCCGCGAAAUUGGGCUUCCGUGGGGAAUAUUGCUAGAGGGACACGGCUGGUGGCACGUCCUCACUGGAAUUGGUGCUUACAUGUAUAUCACUUGGGGUAUAUGGCUGCGCCAUUGCCUCCACGGUCGCCGGGACGAAUAUAAGUUGCACUGGCCUCGCUUCUAUAACGCCGCAGACAUCGUUCGCGUGCAAGAUACUCCCAAAUCUACUGUUAACGGGGGAUACGAAGAAAAAAUAAACUAA